CCGCGGGCCGUCAACUUCCGGCCACGCCCACCCCUGUCGGCGCGAGCGGCUUCCGGUCCCAGAGUGCCCUAGGCCGAACCAUGGACCACAAUGACAAUGACUUGCAAGGGACAAACAGUGCGGGGACCUUGGGCGGUCUCGACGUGCGUCGGCGCAUUCCGAUCAAGCUGAUCUCCAAACAGGCCAUCAAAGCCAAGCCGACCCCACCUCGCCCCACAAGAAAUAUGAACAGGGGCCCUUCCAAGGCUGGCGAAGAAGAGUUUGACUACAGUGAAGAAGAACGAUAUGAGUGCAAAGGAGCGGAUGUGUUUUGUAACCAGCGAAGAUUCCCUGGACACCUCUUCUGGGAUUUCAAGAUAAAUUUACUCGGAGAGAAGGAUGACACCCCGGUCCAUUUCUGUGACAAAUGUGGGUUACCCAUUAAAAUGUAUGGACGCAUGAUACCCUGCAAACACGUUUUCUGCUACGAGUGUGCUCUCUUACACGAGAAGAAAGGCGACAAGAUGUGUCCAGGCUGUAACGAUCCGGUCCAGCGAAUCGAGCAGUGCAUCCGCGGCUCCCUCUUCAUGUGCAGCAUUGUGCAAGGGUGCAAGAGAACAUACUUGUCUCAGAGAGACCUGCAGGCUCACAUCAACCACCGGCACAUGAGAGCUGGCAAGCCAGUGGCGCGUCCUCCACUGGAACCCGUCCACCCUCCUAUCGCUCCUCCUCCGGCUGACAUCCCGGAACGGUUCAUCAUGCCGCCUGACAAGCACCACCUGAGCCACCUCCCGCCGAAACAGCAUAUCCUGAUGCCACCCCCGCCGCCGCUCCAGCAUGUGCCCCACGAGCAUUACAACCAGCCCCACGACGACAUCCGAGCCUCCCCUGCCGAGAUGUCCAUGGCGCCGCCUCCCCCUCGCCCUGUCAACCAAGACACUUUCCGCAUCUCGACCCGGAAGCACAGCAAUCUCAUCACUGUGCCUAUCCAGGACGAUUCCAGCUCUGGUGGCCGAGAACCGCCCCCACCUGCCCCGGCCCCUUCGCACCAUCACCCCGAAUACCAGACCCAGCCCGUGGUGUCCCACCCGCAUCAUAUCAUGCCGCCCCAGCAACACUAUGCCCCUCCCCCUCCCCCUCCGCCUCCCAUCAGCCACCCCAUGCAGCAUCCUCCCCAGGGGGGCGGUACCCCUCACUUGGUUUACAGCCAAGCCCCGCCCCCUCCGAUGACCUCCGCUCCUCCCCCUAUAACCCCGCCUCCCGGACAUCUAAUUGGACAGCUUCCCCCUUACAUGAACCACCCUCCGCCUGGGCCACCGCCUCAGCACGGCGGUCCCCCGGUUAAUGUCAACGCUCCCCCUCCACACCAUUACAACCCUAACGCUCUGCCGAAAUUCAACGAAGACCAAGGAACUCUCAGCCCACCGUUCACUCAGCCAGGGGGGAUGAGCCCGGGCAUGUGGCCAGCUCCGAGGGGGCCACCGCCACCGCCGCGGAUGCAAGGUCCUCCUUCUCAAGCCCCCCUUCAGGGACCGCAUCACCCCGACCAAGCCAGAUACAGGCCGUACUAUCAAUGAUAGUAGUUAACGAUUGGAACUAAAACACGAUAGAAGGAUAACGUUCUGAGCUUUUAAUGAAUCCGACCGUUUAAGGAACUCUCUUUUCUGUUUUUGCUUUGUUUAUUGGGGGGGAAAAAGUAAUGAUUUCUGACUAAGGCUCUCUGGAGAUUUAAAGCUUAAAUAAUAAUUAUUUUUUUUAUAAAAAGAAAACUUUGGUUGUAGAAUUCUUGGCAUCUGGUACCCUGUAAAGCUGAGUGGCUCCGUAGCUAACAGCAGUGUUUUAAAAACUUUGUAUCCCUCGUCGGGCUGAAUUAUCCCAGA